GAGGGGUAAAGUUUGUCUGGAACAUGAUUUUGAAAUUCUCCCGCCGCCUGGGUGUGAGGAUCUCCGCCUUGCAGCAUGUUCCUCCUGCUCUGCAGCUGAUGGUGCUCCGCUCGGUGAGGAGACUGCCUCUCGGCGUUCCUUCGAAGAACGAGGCCUCCUGUGUGAGGAUGUAGCAUAUGAUCAUUUCUUUGUCUCCUGCAACCCAGCUCCACCUGUGUCUUGACCUCAAAAAGCUUGAUUCUUUGCUCUCAGACUACGAUAUCCUCUCUUUAUCCAAUAUCCAGCAGCACUCAGUAAGAAAAAGGGAUCUCCGUGCAUCAACACAUUUGGAAACACUGCUAACAUUUUCAGCCUUGAACAGGCAUUUUAAAUUAUACCUGACAUCAAGCACUGAACGCUUUUCCCAAAAUUUCAAAGUUGUAGUGGUGGAUGGAAAAGAUGAAAGCGAGUAUGCUGUCAAGUGGCAGGACUUCUUCAGGGGACACGUGGUUGGGGAGCCUGACUCCAGGGUUUUGGCCCACAUAGGAGAUGAUGAUAUCACAGUAAGGAUCAACACAGAUGGGACAGAAUAUAACAUAGAGCCACUUUGGAGACUAAUUAAUGAUACUGAAGACAAAAGAGUGUUAGUUUAUAAAUCUGAAGAUAUUAAGAAUGUUUCACGAUUGCAGUCUCCGAAAGUGUGUGGUUAUAUAAAUGCAGACAAUGAAGAGUUGCUUCCAGAAGGACUGGAGGACAGAGAGCCACCUGAUGAGCUUGUCCAUCGCGUGAAGAGGAGAGCUGAGCCAAAUCCCCUGAAGAACACCUGUAAACUGCUGGUGGUAGCAGAUCACCGCUUUUACAAGUACAUGGGCCGCGGUGAAGAGAGCACAACCACGAACUACCUGAUAGAGCUAAUUGACAGAGUCGAUGACAUCUAUCGGAAUACUUCAUGGGACAACGCGGGCUUUAAGGGCUAUGGAAUACAGAUCGAGCAGAUUCGCAUUCUCAAGUCUCCACAAGCAGUCAGGCCUGGUGAAAAGCACUACAACAUGGCAAAAAGUUACCCAAAUGAAGAAAAGGACGCCUGGGACGUGAAGAUGCUGCUGGAGCAAUUUAGCUUUGACAUAGCUGAAGAAGCAUCGAAAGUCUGCCUAGCACAUCUUUUCACAUACCAAGAUUUUGACAUGGGAACUCUUGGGCUAGCUUACGUUGGUUCUCCCAGAGCAAACAGUCACGGUGGUGUUUGUCCGAAGGCUUACUACAGCCCUGUUGGGAAGAAAAAUAUCUACUUGAACAGUGGUUUGACCAGCACGAAAAAUUAUGGUAAAACCAUCCUUACAAAGGAAGCUGACCUGGUCACAACGCAUGAGUUGGGACACAACUUUGGAGCAGAACAUGACCCAGAUGGCCUAGCAGAAUGUGCCCCAAAUGAGGACCAAGGAGGAAAAUACGUUAUGUAUCCCAUAGCCGUGAGCGGCGAUCACGAGAACAAUAAGAUGUUUUCCAACUGCAGCAAGCAGUCUAUCUACAAGACCAUCGAGAGCAAGGCCCACGAGUGCUUCCAGGAGCGCAGCAACCGGGUGUGUGGCAACUCGCGCGUGGACGACGGCGAGCAGUGUGACCCGGGCAUCAUGUACCUGAACAAUGACACCUGCUGCAACAGCGACUGUACGCUGAAGCCUGGUGUGCAGUGCAGCGAUAGGAACAGUCCUUGCUGUAAGAACUGUCAGUUUGAGACCGCCCAGAAGAAGUGCCAGGAGGCCAUCAACGCGACCUGCAAAGGCGUGUCUUACUGCACAGGGAACAGCAGCGAGUGCCCCCCUCCUGGAGACGCAGCGGACGACACCGUGUGCCUGGACCUGGGCAGGUGCAAGGACGGGAAGUGCGUUCCCUUCUGUGAGCGGGAGCAGCAGCUGGAGUCUUGUGCCUGUAACGAAACUGACCACUCAUGCAAGGUGUGCUGCAGGGACCCCUCUGGCCGGUGUGUGCCUUAUGUCGACGCUGAACAGAAGCACUUAUUUUUGAGGAAAGGAAAGCCCUGCACGGUGGGAUUCUGUGACAUGAAUGGCAAAUGUGAGAAACGAGUACAGGAUGUGAUCGAGCGGUUCUGGGACUUCAUCGACCAGCUGAGCAUCAACACUUUCGGGAAGUUUCUGGCAGACAAUAUCGUGGGCUCCGUGUUAGUUUUCUCCUUGAUAUUUUGGAUUCCUUUCAGCAUUCUGGUCCACUGUGUGGACAAGAAAUUGGACAAGCAGUACGAGUCUCUGUCUCUCUUCCACCCCAGUAACGUGGAAAUGCUCAGCAGCAUGGAUUCCGCUUCAGUUCGGAUCAUCAAGCCCUUUCCUGCACCCCAGACUCCAGGCCGCCUACAGCCCCUGCAGCCCACCCCUGUGGCGCCCCUGGCGCCCGCAGCUCCCAAGCUGGAUCACCAGCGAAUGGAUACCAUCCAGGAAGACCCCAGUACGGACUCGCACGUGGACGAGGACGGCUUCGAGAAGGACCCCUUCCCCAACAGCAGCACAGCUGCUAAGUCAUUUGAGGACCUCACAGACCGUCCGGUCACCAGAAGUGACAAGGCCGCCUCCUUUAAGCUGCAGCGGCAGAACCGCGUAGACAGCAAAGAAACGGAGUGCUAGCGGGGCCCCCUGCUCCGGCUUGGUGCCAAGGCAUUUUGUAGAUUUGACCUAAAAUCGCUGCCUUGAUUUUGUGGAGAUUGGGGGGACAGGAGGAAGUGACUUCGCAGCAGCUGCCGGUCACGCACGUGGACGUUCUCUCUGCCGCCACCGUGCGUAGGCCGUUUCCCCUGGAAGAGGUAAGGCGGAUCUAGCUUAUUUUGAGGCUUUCAGGUUUUAGUUUUUUUUUAAUGUUAAAAAUAUCCUUCAACCUGUGGUGCAAAAGCAGAAAAUACAGCUGGGUUAGGUCAUAAAUAUUUACAUUUUUGUAAAUUAACCUUUUAUAUUGAUAACAGCACCCAUUAGGGAGACUUUUUUAACUCACUGUAAUGAUCCACGGAUGAGCCAAGUCUGAGAACAAGCGCAGCAGUUUUUCUUUGUAAAGACAAAGGGGACGAACCAAGUUGUCCCCAGAAGGUGGAUGUUUCUAGGAGCAGCACAGGGCACCGGCAGCUGUGCUACUUCAGUGUGACCACAGCAGCCUCCUUCCCAACACCGGCUGAAGGGCUGUGAGGUCCUUCCCUCCACAAGGCCCGGGGCUGGGGACAGGCUGCACCCCGAGCCGGCCCCUCAUGUUACUUGGCUACGUGCUGUGGGCGCCUGAAGGUGAAAAUCAUCAGCCUGGGUUCUGGUUUCCCUAAAAGUGGACCCCCCCCCCCCCAUACUGCAAUGUGCUCAUCAGCCAAGAUCUUCACUGGGAAACCUGUCAACUGAGGGCAACUAACCAAACCUGUGACGCCGUGUUUUUUCUAAUACUUGAAACCUGUACCCCGCGGUAUCGGCUGGCGCUCACCUGGGGGCGGCCUGACGUGGUGAGGGGGCGUGUGUGAGCGCAGCAAUUCCCAGUGAAUGUAAGGCCACUUUUUUUAUAAAAUUGUGACUUUUUAAACAAAACUGCCUUUACCUUUUUUCCACUUGCAGAAUUAACAAGCUGCUCACUCA